CUGGAACCAACCCAAAUGCCCAUCAACAGUAGACUGGGCCCGCUGCCGGCGGCCCCUGUGGGUCCCGAGCGCUCCCGGCCCCGGCCCGCUCCCGGGCCCAGCCGCCUCCACGGCCCGCCCCAGUGCUGGAGCAAGGAGCUGCCUAGGGCAGGAGGGCCGGGGACGUGGGGGCGGCCACGGCAGGGUUCACCUCCAUUUCAGCUGAUCAUGGGAGAGAUUAAAGUCUCUCCUGAUUAUAACUGGUUUAGAAGUACAGUUCCCCUUAAAAAGAUUAUCGUGGACGAUGACGACAGUAAGAUCUGGUCGCUGUAUGAUGCGGGCCCUCGGAGUAUCAGGUGUCCUCUCAUAUUCCUCCCCCCUGUCAGCGGGACUGCAGAUGUGUUCUUCCGGCAAAUUUUGGCUUUGACCGGAUGGAGUUACCGGGUAAUAGCUGUUCAUCUUUUUGGGGCUUCUUUGGGACGCUUUUUGGCCCAGAAAUUUGCUGAAUAUACUCACAAGUCUCCCAGAGUCCAUUCCCUCAUCCUCUGCAAUGCCUUCAAUGACACGUCUAUCUUUAACCAGACUUGGACCGCAAACAGCUUUUGGCUGAUGCCAGCAUUUAUGCUCAAAAAAAUAGUUCUUGGAAACUUUUCUUCUGGCCCAGUGGACCCUAUGAUGGCCAACGCCAUUGACUUCAUGGUGGACAGGCUGGAAAGUUUGGGUCAGAGUGAACUGGCUUCCAGGCUUACCCUGAAUUGUCAGAAUUCUUACGUGGAACCUCAUAAAAUUCGGGACAUCCCCGUGACCAUCAUGGAUGUGUUUGAUCAGAGUGCACUUUCAACCGAAGCGAAGGAGGAAAUGUACAAACUGUAUCCCAACGCCCGGAGAGCUCACCUUAAAACAGGAGGCAAUUUCCCAUACCUGUGCAGAAGUGCAGAGGUGAACCUUUAUGUACAGAUACACUUGCUGCAGUUCCACGGAACCAAGUAUGCGGCCAUCGACCCGUCCAUGGUCAGUGCCGAGGAGCUCGAGGUGCAGAAGGGCAACCUCAGCCUCAGCCAGGAGGAGCAGUAGCUGCGGCUCCUGCCGUGGGUGCCGAGGUGACCCGACGUGUCCUUGUGCGGUCGGCGACCCGGCCUCCCGGCGCGGCAGGCUCGCCGGUCCUCCCUGCGUCUGGGAAGCAGGACUGAUCGCAUCCGGUGAAGCCCGCGCACGGUCCCCUCUUUGGUUUUUAGCUUCGGAGUCCAGGAAGUUCUUUGCAAGACGCCCUUUUAAGGGUUGUGAGAACUGCGCUACCGGAAGUCCUCACCACUGUGUUCUUGAGCGAAUGUCGAUUUCUGAGGCUUGGGAUUUUGUGAACUUUUCUCUCCUUUCUUUUCCUUUGCUUUCUCCCUCCUUUCUUCUUCCUGCUUUUUAUGUUAUUUUCUGUAAGUGCUGCACGUGCCGACUGUGUGUCAGAAGGACGUUGGCUGCCGUUAGGCCUUCCUGGGUGUGACCGCGUCCGAGGGCCAGGGCUGGCACCCCACUGGGUGCACUCCUGUGACCCAACUGCUUUCACUUUCCAGCUCAGCACAUGUUCCGAGUGCCCGCUCUUGUCUUUCUAGAUGAUUACAGUCAUUUGGAAUAAAAAUUCGAUUUCAAAAAAAAAAAAAAACAGUAGACUGG